AUGAAUAAAACCGACGAUAAUCAAGCUCAGAAGACUACUGAAUAAGCUAGCUAUAAAUUAAAUUAGGUGGUUCCAAUCUUAGGCCCUAUUUAGAGUUUAAGCGAAAAUUUAGAUGAUCAAUAAAAUUAAUUUGCUAAUACUAAUUUGUAGCAGAUCAACAAAGCACCUACUUCGAACCCACCAACUAUUUUUCAAUAGCAAUCUGCUUCAAAUAGAAGUGAUUUUCAAUCUUAGCAAGAUGGCGAAGUUGAUAAAACGUAAAAAGAGUUAGAAGCACUCACAAAUCAUAAAUAUUCUUUGAGUCCUUGGCGCUUUGUUUAAUUGUUUCUUUAUAUAGUAAGUGAUCUAUCUAAUUCACUGAGUAUUUACACCUUCUAAACAAUAGGCGCCCAAGUAGCUAAAAUUUAUGAUUUAGACCCAUUUUUAGUUUCUCUUAAUCUUUCAUUUUAUUCUCUUCUUUAUCCUUUUGUAUCUCUUCUAGCAAAUUACAUUAUUGAUUAAAGAGGAGCUGCUUUUUCUGUUAAGAUAGGUGUUAUUCUUACUACUAUAGGGUUUUCUCUCAGAUUAUUGAUUAAAUUUAAUUGGGGUUACGUCUUAUUAAGCUGUAUCUUUUGUGGUAUGGGAGGUCCUUUGAUAUUCAAUGCUAAGUGCAGAUUUUAAUCUAACUGGUUUCAUGCAGGAGAUUUACCUCAAAUUACCACUAUAUCCACUAUAGUAACUAGUUGCAAUGGCAUUAUAGGUGUUUUGUUACCUGGAUUUUAUUUCACUGGAUAUGAUUACAAGACUGAUCACUCUGAAAAUUAUUAAGACGGUAAAGAUCUGAUGAUGAAUCUUUUAAUAAUUGAACUAAUAAUUGUUCUAGUCUGUGCAGGAUUAAGCUUGCUUUUCUUAAGAAGUAAGCCAGCUAAACCACCUAGUUUUGUUUCUACAAUACAAAGAGAAAACUACAAAGAAGCAAUCAAAGGUUUGAUAAAAAAUAGAGCAUAUUUAAAGCUGAAUGUAGCUUCUAUGCUUUUUGUAGGAAAUACAUCAGCACUAGCUGCACUCUUUUCAUUUGCAAUUCAACCCUGGGGCUUUAACUAAACGGAUACAAGUUAUUGUGCUGCUGGUAUGGUUGUGACUGGUAUAAUAGGUUCUGUCAUUAAUGCUCCUUUGCUAAGAAAAUACAAGAAAUUUAAAAUGACAACAAUAAUUUUAGCUAUUGUUAUGUUAGUUAAUGUAGCAAUAAUAAUAGGCAUUUUGAACUUAGAGAGCAGGAUCAUUUUGGUUUUAUUUGUUUCUCUUUUUGGAGGUGGCUACUAACCCCUAGUAAGCACCACAUAUGAAUAUGCAUGUGAAGUUGCUUUCCCAAUAGGAGAAGGUAGUGCAUAAGGAUUUUUACUUGGAACAUCUUCUAUAUUUGGAUUCGUUUGUAUAACAGUUUUUGGUGCUAUAGUACAAGGGUAAAAUAAAUCAUAAACCUAUAUCAUGUUGGGCUAUUUGAUUGCUUGUUUGAUAAUUGGAAUACUUCUUAUUUUUACUUCGAAAUUCAAGCUAAAUAGGUUUAAUACAGAAUUAAAAAACUUAAAAGACUAAAAUAACGAAAACAACAAUUUAAAGACUCCUGGGUUAUUUGAAACACCUGAAAAGAAAAAUACAGCAAAUGAAAACUUCAAUCAAGAAAAUGUAGAGGAACAUAAUUCUGGUUUCAAAGCAAUCAUAGAACAUUAAAUAUUAAUGACUACACCAGAUUAGGGUUCAGGAACUAGCAGCAACAUUCCUUUAAAUGCACCUUUAUAAUAAGAUAGCAACAAUAUAACUAACUAACUUUCUCAUAAAUAAUCUUAAUCGAUAAGCAAUUGA